AACGGUGAACUGUAGGGGCAGCGAUGCGCCGCCAGGUCUCCAGUCUGCCCUGAAAUUCAGAAAAAGUAGAAGAAGAGGACCACAACACACGAAGAAGAAGUAGCCUGUUGAAAACCUCGUGAAGCGGGAAUUGACAGCCCCAUCAUGGACUGGGGUCAGAGUGAGCUGCCGUCCCCUGUGGUCCGAGACGACGAGGUGACGGUCGCAGCCCGCAGGAGGAGGAAGAAGGUGGCCUUCCCGUCACCCGGCAAUGGCAGCCCCGUCAUUUCCACGGUAACACCAGCCCGCUCCCUGCAGAGGACCACUCCCGCCUCACUGUUCAGACAGGCUGUAACUCCCAGGGUUCCAGAUGUGUCUUCCAUUUUGGCUCCAGGAGGUCGAACGCCUCGAUACACGCACACACCCAGAAACGCACUCAGCAGUAUGAAUCUGGACGACAGCGACUGGACCAACAGCAUGUACACCUCCCCCCAGUCGGGGCUGGAGAACAGCAGCUUCUUCACAGAGGACAUCACCAACCUGAGCUCUGCCCUGCUGAAGGAGGACGACCCCGGAGAGGCAGCGGCCGCCAGUCUUUUCCCAGAGUUCCUUGCGUCUUUUCUGAAACACUCUUCCUCCGCUGUGUUUGAUCUUCUGGAGGAUUAUCAGGCUCUCUGCCAGGACAAGGUGGACGUGCUGCAGUCUGUGGUGCUCCGAGCGGGUCAGAACAGUAAAACGGCCGGAGUCCGCUGGCUGCUGCAGCAGGAGAACAGCUCCUGGAGACUCAUCACAUCACUCUACAGGGAUCGGGUCCAGUUGGCGCUGGAAGAUGACAUGAUGGCAGACAUGGUUGUUCCCAGUGAGAGUGAGAAGGUCGUGGUGGAGCAGCUUUUUCAGCGGGACGCUGUCAUACGACAGAGUCAGCUGGUCGUCGAUUGGCUCGAGUGCAUCGCCAAAGAUCAGAUCGGAGAUUUUUCGGAUAAUAUAGAAUAUUACGCCAAAAACGUCUGCUGGGAGAACACUCUUCAUGCGCUGAAGAUGAGGAGGAAGAGCGGUGCUGCUUUCACUGUUCCUCUGGUCACUGAGCUGGACCCAGACGCUCCUCUGCGGCAGCAGCGCCCCCUGGCCGACCUGGACCGCGAGGACGACGCCCGACUGCUGAAGAACCUGUUCACGCUGAUCAGAGCCGGGAUGACGGAGGAGGCUCAGAGGCUGUGUAAACGCUGUGGUCAGGCCUGGAGAGCAGCGACUCUGGAAGGAUGGAAACUGUACCAUGACCCCAACAUGACCUCAGGUCGUGUGGAGCUGCAGCCGGUGGAAGGAAACCCUCAGAGAGGCAUCUGGAAGGCCUGCUGCUGGAGGAUGGCUGAGGAGGAGCAGUUGAACCGAUUUGAGCGAGCCAUCUACGCCAGCCUGAGUGGAAACCUGCGACCGCUCCUGGCGGUGUGCGAGUCGUGGGAGGACAGUGUGUGGGCGUACUUCAGGGUGAUGGUUGACUCGCUGGUGGAAAAGGAUCUGACGUCAUCUGGGAUGGCCCACCAGGAAGUGGAGACGCUGCCGCGGGAAUAUCUUGAGGCCAACUGGACAAUGGAAAAGGUGUUUGACGAACUUCAGGCCUCAGAGUCGAAGAGGGUGUUGGAGGAGACAAGGGAGCAUUACCACGUCAUCCAGAAGUUUGUCAUCCUGGGAGACCUGGACGGUCUGUUGGAGGAGUUUUCUGAUUGGCUGAAAGCCUCUAAGCCCCUCCCCUCCCACCUGCUGCGUUUCAUGACUCACCUCGUGCUGUUCUUCCGCUCGCUGGGUUUGGCGCUGAAGGACGAGGUGUGUGUGGACGUGUUGAAGUCGUACGUCGGCCUCCUUGUCCAGGAUCAGCAGAACGAGCUGGUGGCGAGCUACGUGGGCCAGCUGCCUGCCGAGCUCGCCACCGCUCAGUACGCCUCCUUCCUGGAGACCGUUGCCCAGGCCGAACUACGCCCCCGCUGCCUGCAGCUCGCCACUGAGGCCGGUCUGGACGUCGCUGCAAUCACGAAGCUGGUGGUGGAGACGGUGAGAGAGAGAGACGACAGCGAGUUCACGCACCACGACCAGACGCUGGAGACGGCAACGACAAAAGAGGACCACAUGAAGAUUGACAUCAUCGACUGGCUGCUGUUUGACGCCGCCCAUCGAGCCGAGGCCCUGAAGCAGUCCAACGCCAUCAUGCGGAAGUUUCUGGCGUUGCAGAAACACGACGCAGCGAAGCUUGUGUUCUCCAAAGUCCCCGAGGACUCCAUGAAGGAGAUAUGCUGCCAGUGGGCGGGGCUCGGCCAGGACACCUUACCCGCCGAGGACGAGAACGCCAUCAGGGAGCACCUGUGCAUCCGGGCCUACCUGGAAGCUCACGAGGCGUUCACCGACUGGUUCAGUCACAGUAGCUCUGCCCCCCAGAAGCCAGCGCCCGCCCCCGAAGCCAAGUUCACAGAGAGGGUAGCCAAUGAGAUGAGAGAAAAGGAGUACCAGACCUCGCUGUCCUCCUGGUCGUGUCGUCUGGACGUCCUGACCGAAGACGUGAAGGAGAGAAUCUACAACGUGCUGCUGUUCGUCGACGGAGGCUGGAUGGUCGACAACAGACAGGAUUCCGAGCCGGACUCGGAGCGCAGCCACCAGAUGGCAGCGUUGCGCUCCCUGUGUCUGCCACGUCUCAGCUUCCUGCUGCUCAGCGUGCUGCAGAACUCCUCCCGACACCAGGAGGCGCUGCGCCUCGCCGACAUCGUCUCGUCGGACCAGCACCGACUCUACCAGGUUUUCUCCAAAGAGGAGCUGCGGAGGUUCCUGCUGAAGCUCCGGGAGUCCUCACUCGCUCUGUUGGACCGAGGAGUCGACCCACUGGGCUACGAGCUACAGUCAUGAAUUCAUAAUUCAUAACUCUCACACACACACACACACAGUCUGAAGAAGUUUGAAUCAUUGUUGUCUUUUGAGUUAUGAAUCUUUUUUUUGCAAAAUAAAAACCUGUUUCCUGUC